UAAAUAUAGCAAACAUGUCUAGCAUGUGAUAUGACCGGCAGCAUUCAGAGCAAAAUGUUUGUCCUCGGGCUGCUGGCGACAUUUGUCGCCCUUUCAGUGAGUGAUCUUAACGUAAACAUCGGCAACCACUGGCCCGGGGGAUUCCAGGUUAAAGGCUGCAUACCUAUUACAGAAGAGCUUCACUCAUGGAAAGUCAAUGUCAAGUUUGACCAGACUGUAGAAGCCCUUGAGACUGGGACAGCGGAUGUCCUCAAGAUGGACGGGGGAAUGGAGUUUGUCCUCUCCAACAAACAGUGGAAUGCCAAUGAACACGUGGGCGAUAAGCUCUGCUUGGACCUAGUGGCAAGAACUACUGGGGACAUUCAGCCAAAGAUGACGAUGUCUGUAGAAGGGAUGAACACCACUGGAACGAUUGGAAACUCUUCAAACAACAACAACAGCAACCAGCAGCAGACAGCAACACCAGGUGUCACCGUGACCGUCCCAAUAUCUACGAAUGUCAGCACGGGUAUUGGUGGUGGGGAGGAGUUCACCACGAACAACAUGCAGAUCUACAACGACUGGGGCAACAGGUUUGAAGCCGAGUUCUCCUUCCCUGCUACUGAAAACAUAGAAGGUUGGGAGGUGGCAAUCAACUUCUCAGAGCCGGUCGAUAAGCUGGACCUGUGGGUAGCCGAUGUGUACAAAAAGUCGGCCGAUGGCAAACACUGGGUCGUCAUCAACAAGCAAGAUAAGGUUUUCUUCACAAAGGGCGAAACUGUGAAACUCCGCUUCUUUGGCAACACUCAGGCGUCGUCAGCGCCAACCGCUGUCGCCACACUCACCAACCUCGGACACGACGACAAUGGAUUUCCAAAUGUGAAGAACACGGGAGGCACCAAAUACAACUAUGAUGAGGUCCUAUACAAAUCCAUCCUCUUCUACGACGCCCAGAGAUCAGGCAAACUUCCGGCCGACAACCCCAUCCCUUGGAGAGGGGACUCCGCCCUGGGAGACAAGGGGGAUAAUGGGGAGGACCUCACUGGAGGGUGGUAUGACGCUGGUGACCACGUCAAGUUCAACUUCCCCAUGUCGUGGUCCACCACCAUCCUCACCUGGAGCCUGCUGCAGUGGAAGGAGGCGUACGUGGAGUCAGGACAGUACGACAACAUGCUCGACUGUAUCAAGUGGCCACUGGACUACCUCCUCAAGUGUCACACAGCCAAGGACGAACUCUAUGUACAGGUUGGAAACGGAGGGGCAGACCACAGUUUCUGGGGCCGACCUGAAGACAUGAAAAUGGCCAGACCCGCGUAUAAGAUCACCCCUUCAAAACCCGGAAGUGACGUAGCUGGACAAACAGCAGCUGCCUUUGCAGCUGGGUCAAUGGCAUUCAAAGACAAAGACGCUGCCUAUUCCAAGACGCUGUUGGACCAUGCGGUGCAGCUGUAUGACUUCGCCAUGGCCAACAAGGGACGAUACAGCCAAAGCGUUCAAGCCGCCGCCCAGUUCUACCCGUCCACGAACAACACAGACGAGCACGCCUGGGCCGGACUGUGGCUGUAUCAGGCGACUGGGGACCCUAAAUACCUGACCGAGGCCGAGAAAUACCACCAGCCCGGGGAGGCUUGGGGCAUGAGCUGGGACGACAACCAGGCGGCCAACAAUGUCCUGUUCUACAAGCUGACCCGUAAAGACGUCUACAAGCAGGACCUGGAGGAUACGUUCGAGAAAUACUGGUUCCCCAACCAGGUCAUCAAGUACACGCCUAAAGGACUGGCGUGGAGGCUGCAGUGGGGAUCUCUCAGAUAUGCGUCAAACAUGGCGUUCGCUGCCCUGAUGGCUGCUGAGGCGGGGGUAAACCCGGACAAGUACCGGGAGUGGGCCAUGAGUCAGAUUCACUACGCUCUGGGAGACAAUGGAUUCAGCUACCUCAUUGGGUUCGGCAAGGACUACCCACACAGUCCCCAUCACAGAUCCAGCUCGUGUCCCUGGGAACCAGCUCCUUGUGGACCUCAGGUCAUGUCCAGCCACGUCGCUAACGUCCACACCCUGUACGGAGCCCUGGUAGGAGGGCCCGAUGACAGUGACGGCUACAAGGACGACCGCUCCAACUACGUCAACAACGAAGUAGCUUGUGACUACAACGCCGGCUUCCAGGGAGCUGUUGCAGGUCUGAGGUCUUUGGUCACAAGGAAGGUUCACCCAGAACAGUUGGCUAAACCUUAAGUUGAAUAUUGGUAAUAAAGUUAAAUCAAUACAUGCA